GCGCCUUGUCGCAUAAGUGGGGUCGGAGUAAUCCGUCUGAUAACAGCAAGACAAAAGGCAUCGUCCCACAUAUUCGAAAGUAUCGGCAGUAUGUCCACCACCACAACCCUCACCGAGACCACCCCCAAGCAGGUGGUCGUUGCAGCCGAUGUACCAACGGCCCUUGCCCCCGCCGAAGAAGACGCUGUCUUCCAGGCUGUUGCCCGUGGAGACCGUGCAGGGAAUAUCAAGCUGAAGGGGAUCCCCACGUUCACCGAUCCUUACAGGCAGCGCCGGUGGAUGAAAGAGCAUAUGGCCGCUGCAUUCCGCUUCUUUGGAAAGGAGGGCUACGCCGAGGGUGUUUCUGGCCAUAUUUCUAUUAGAGAUCCCGUCCUGAAAGACCACUUCUGGAUGAACCCCUUCGCCAAACACUUCUGCACCAUCAAGGCCUCUGACCUUGUCCUCGUCGAUGACGAGGGCUACGUCACCGAAGGCGGUGCCCAGUUACCCAUCAACGAGGCCGGGUUCAUGAUCCAUUCUGAAAUCCACAAGGCUCGUCCGGAUGUGAUCGCUGCGGCACACACUCACGGCGUGUACGGGAAGACAUGGAGUGCAUUUGGCAGGCCAAUUGAGAUGCUCACUCAGGACGCUUGCAAUUUCUACGGAAAGCUCAGUGUCUACAGUGACCAUGGCGGUAUCGCCUUAGCACAGGAGGAGGGUCAGCGGAUCGCCAAGGCACUGGGCAGGGAUAACAUUGCCUGUAUUCUUAAAAACCAUGGUCUCCUCACCGUGGGCCGAACCGUCGACGAAGCAGCCUUCCUCUUCGCCAGCUUAGACCAUGCCUGCCACUCGCAGUUGAUGGCUGAAGCGGCCGCUGCAAACGGUAUCCCGAAGCAGUAUAUCACCCACGAGGUUGCACAGUAUACCGCAGAUGCGGUUCAGAAUCCUCACAACUUUUACACGGAGUUCCAGCCCUACUUCGAGCAGAUUGUGGAGGAAAGCAAAGGAGAGGUUUUACAGUAGACGUCUGUCUACCUUUCUUUAUU